AGUCGCACAAAGCAGUAAGCCGACUUCUCUCUGUACUUCAAACGGAGCGAGGUAACUGGGCCAUUCCGCCAGACUUUUGCGUCCAAGUUUUCCCGCAUCAUUCUUUACUUACGUAAUUGUGGCCUAUGUAGUAGAAAUGAGCUGAAAGCAUUCUUGAUAUGGGAAAGAAGUACAGCAAACAAGGUAAGGUUCUGUGUGACGAAGGUCGCCGAGCACGUUCGCUCGAUGGCUUAACUCUUCAAGACAAGAUGCCAUAAUUACAUGUUUAAUAUACCACCGUGCGUAUUCUCGGCGUGAGGCUUAACUUUGAACUCUUCCUCAUCAAGAUUCUUUUCCUUUUUAGCGUGGAUAUCAAGAGAGGGACCCGAAGGUAUCAUAGUCGAAGAACGAGCCAAGAGCUGUGAAAUUUGCCUUGUUUAUUUUUCGCUGCCUUUGUGCAGUGUUCACGCCGAUCUAAUGAUUUCUUUUCGUUUUCUCCUUCUGCUCUUGAAAACAGGGGACUGCGUGGCGGAAAAUGACGCUACAAAUCUGACUUUGGAUUUCACUGAAGAACCGAAAGAAAAGGCUACAUGUACGGCCGACUUCACAUACAAGGGCUACCCUGUCAAUGUAGUGAGUAUAAUAUAAUUGAUUUGCCGUUUAUAGGGAAUGAUUGAUUCUUCAGCCGAGACCCAUAUAUACCAUCUACCCUAAUAUCAACAUGUGACGUGAUUAAAACUUUUUUUAACAUGCCAUUCGCAAUAGCAACUUUCUUGUGUGAAAAGGAAGUGUUUUCCUGUGGUUGUUGGUAGCUAGCGAGUGACGGCUUUGAUAGCUGUCGGUUUCGACUGAAGUGAUAAAACAACAGAGCCACUCGCAAAGGUCAACACCACACCAUCGAAUGGUUCGACUUGCGCUCGUGAUUUGUCAUUUUAGCAAAUUGCUUUGCGUUCCUAAAUGAACUCAGCUCGCUACUCCAAAUAACAUCAGUCUCAUUUCUGCUGACUUGUGGUCACAUUUUGAGACGCGAAUUAAGAUAUGUAUGACGACGUUUUAAAACUCUCUGGGUCGACUAAAUAAAUCGGUAUCUUUUUCUGAGAUAUUUAAUUUUUGGCAGAUUGAUCGAAAUAUGCGUGUGGCAGUUAAACGUGGAAAUGGUGAAGGAGUCAAAAUUCCAAAAUGCGUAAUCGAUUGUUACUUCUCUUUGCUUUAAGCCAGAAAUACCGUCAAAGAGAGCGAUUUCCGUCUAUUCCUCGGCAUUCGUGAUCAUGACACUGGUUUAUUGAGCGGGCCUCCUUGAAUAACCGUAAAUAACUUUGAGCCUGUCAACAGAGGAGCGGCAGGCUGAAAGAUUUCUGAUGAUGUUUCCUGAAAUACAAGGGGACAUGUUUCCUGCACGCCUCACUUUCUCACACGCUCUCUCUCUCACCCUCAAUCUGAUAUAGAGUAUUUGAAUGUGAAAGAAAAUAAAUACAUUUGUGUGUGUAUAACAUGCUUAAGUAAGUGUGUACUGCCUUCAUAAACAUGUUAUGUUUAUUUUAGAAUGUCACCUCUCGUUUUUCGAAGUCCAUGUGUAGCGAAAGAAAUGUUCAAGAGAUGAACUACGUUCCUCUCCAUUGAAGAUUUCUCCUGAUUUGUUCUGAAGUGUCGGAAAAACAAAUUUUUAGAGAGGUUUCUAGCAUGUAGUUUUGUCGUGACGUAUUGGGUAAUACCAAGAAAGCUUUCCGUUUUAUGUUUUAUCUGAACCUUGAAUUAGUUUUCCCUGCUGUUAGCGAAAUCAAACCCCUAUAUUUGCAGAAACAUACAGCCUACUUUAUUUUUGUGGCUAAACUUUGAUUACGAACCGAAAGAAAACAUUUAAAUAUAUAUUUAUAAUGCCCUUUUUGUAGAAAACUUAAACGCAGUUUUCAGCCUUUUUUUUCAGAUUUUCUGUCACAAGUGAUUUGAAAAAGAGAACACAAUGCCGCUCAAUUACGCAAACUAAUAUAACUUUUAAGAAAAAUUAUGGUAAUUUUACAACAAUAUUAAUUAUGCAGUUCUAAAACUAAAUCAAUGUUAACUCAUUGUAGUGGAUGACAGCUAAGAUUUUGUUCUUUUGUCUUGUGGUUAGAAUGAUUUAAUUGUUUUUGAAGCGUAGGAAUUUAAAUUGAGCCGCUGAAGUCAAGUAUCGGAGAUCACGUUUCGUUCUUGGUAGAAAGCUCCUUAAAUGCAUUUUUCCCUUUGCUGAUGUCAUUCCUUCACAUUCUUCAUCUAGAAAACAUUGCUGCAGAGCUAUGUCCUCAAAUGUAUGUAAUGUAAGAUAAGUUCCUCCAUAAAUAAGCUUAUUCAGCCACAAGCAUCAUGUGCCACAAAGUUCAGCAAGAUUCAUGUUGCAGUCCUUAGCACAAUUAUUGUGGCUCUUCCCUUGCUAAUCUGUUGCACAAUUCUGCUUCAAUGUCUUUCAGCCUCCUUUGCUUGGGAACAAUAUUUGAAUUAUUUUAUUUUGUUUGUCUUUCUCAAAGCUGCAAGAUGGACACUGUGGAUCAGAAAAAGAGUUCUGUAAAAAGUAUUCUUACUAUGACUAUCCCAUUGAAGGUGUGUUGUGAUAUUCUUUUGCCAGAACUCUCGGUAAUUGUAUUGACUCUAUUUUAACUUAGAAAUAUGGACUAGUUCAUCUGGAUUAUAUUUAAUUAGAUUUAAUAAUUAAAUAAUGUCUAAUGAAUAUGAGUGGUAUUUUUUAAACUCUUUGUAAGCUUUUUAAACACACUUUAGAGCCUCUUUAUCAGUCAGUUCAAACAUUCUUAAGGCAAUUUUCAUAAACUAAUUAUUCCUAAUCCACCCUCUGAGAGAGAAUUUUUGUUUAAUGAGGAAAUCUUUUGGAAAGUGCAAGAUCUCUAAUCGACAGGAACUAUAUUUGUUUUUCACAUGAUUGCCAUCAAGCAGUGUUACUUUACACACAAAUACUUUCACUGAAAAAAAGUCCUUUGGACAAAUUGACUAUAGCUCUUAUACAGACAAAUUUUCCCAUACCUUGGGGGCGACAUUCGUGUUACUUAUCACAUAUGGUUCAGUAACAAGAUAAUUGCGGUCAACAUUCUCUGUUGUGGUAUAGUGUCAAAGUAGGUCACAGUCUAAAUGAUUGGAUUGAUUUUAAUACAGCACCAUCCCUAUCUCUAAAUCCUGGGUGGAAUAAAGAAAAGCAUUAAACUUCUUUGCCCCUCAAACAAUGUGGAAAGGAAGUGCAUGGCUGAAACGAUUGAAUGAGUGGUUCAUCUUGUUAUGAUGACCACUUUUUACUUGGGCCUAGAAGGAUCUUGCUCAUAUGCAGCAUUGUUCUUGUCUACACAUGUAGACUAGGAAAUUUAGAAAAUCUGCAAUGGGGUGUUCUGAAAUUAUUAAACAAAACCUGAGUUAUUGCAAUCUAUCAAAUGCAUUUUGAAUCUUUUCCAGAAAGUGAUGUUAUUGCUAUUUUAUAUCUUUAGAUUUUGCUUUCUUACAUAAUGUCAACCCUAAAUAGUGGUAGAUAUAUGUUUUCAUAAACAUGUUAAGAAUUCAAACCAAGCUUGUCUUUGUCCUUGAUUAUAAAAAACUGCCUUUCAAAAGACCCUCUCUAUGAAGACAAGGGAAGGAAUUAAGCUGCUCUGAAAAAUAUUAAAUGUGUGAUUUUUUUUUUUUUCCUCUUGAUAGUUGUUGAAUUACCUGAUGAACCAGAUGGUAAAAGAUUUGAGCUGUUUUUUGAGCGUGAAGGACAGGUUGAAGCUUCUACCCAAACCAUGAGGCCAAUCACGGUAAACUUUAAACCUCUUUUAGAUUUGUUUAAAAAAAAUACCUAUCACAAAACUGUAUGUAGAACAUGUGCACAGAGUUUUUCUUUUUUGUUUUAGCAUGUGAAACAGGGGAUUAACUCUUGAUCUCCUUCACGUGAUUUUCAUUUUACCAACUCUUUUUUUUUUGAUACAGCCAAAAUUAUGGUAAUUGAAUAAAGAGGAUAAGUGUCAAACUGUGGUGCUGCAUCUGUGGGGGCUAUUUAAGGGUAAUUUGGUUAUAUCAAAGCUGAUGUUUAAAGUGCAAUCCCUUCAUUAGAGAGAAGAGAGAUAUUGUGGUUUGCGUGUUGUUUAUAUACAGAAACAUAGAGCAUCUGCUAUUGAUGGGAAACAUGGUAACUGUGGAAAUUGAGAAUAAAUUGGUUGAAUGAAAAGCAUUUGUAAAAUUACAUAACUAGCCUUUCAGAAAUAAAUACUAUCUAUUAUAGUUUGAGUCAGUAAAAUGACAAGGACUGUCUUAAGAAUUUUCAUGCUCUACAUGAAACUUCAUUGUCUUGCUCUAAUAGAACCACUGGCUUCACUCUAAUUAUAUUGCAAUGUUUUACUGUACAGUACAGUAAUGACUGCAAAUUAUUUUUUUGUACUUUUCUUAUUUUAUUGUAACAGUGCUCUAAAAGUGAACUAUUUUACACAACAAUAUGUGACUUUUCCUCUACUUUGAUUGGUUUAUAUUUUUACAGGCGGUAAGUGAAUGUGGUCAGUCAAUUAAAUCAACAGGAUCAGACCGGCAGGAAUGGUCAUACACCCUUUAUGACUUUGAAGGCCAAGGCCAAGUCACUCGAGAUGUAAGUUUUCUUUGUCCAUAACAGGAUUGAUGUUACAUUGGAAUGUCAAAGCCAUGGCUUAAUAUAAGUUGUCCAAGAGAAAAUUAUUGUGAUAGAGUAGUAACACAAGUUCAUGCAAAUGGUUUCAUGAUAUUCAGAGCUGGGAAUAUUGAGGGUCUACUAUCUGCUUAAAUUAGUUUCCUUCUCUAUAUGGUGUACAGUGAACAGAGUGUACUGUACAUUAGGUAGAGGUAGAAUUUUCUGGUAACUUGCAGAAUUCUUGGAAAUCAAUUGAAUUCUCAAUAAAACAUAUGCGAUACUACAUUGGAAUGUCAGAGUCAUAGCUUGAUAUAAGUUGUGGAGGAGAAAAUUAUGGUGACAGAGUAGUAAAGCAGGCCAUGCAUAUUCAGGGCUUGGGAUAUUAAUUUAGUUUCCUUCAACAGAUAGAAAACAGUGAGCAAAGUGUGCUUUAUAUUAGGUGGAAGUAGCAUUUUCUGGGAACUUUCUAGAAUUCGUGGGUUAAAUUUUAAUGGUUUAAUUAAGGCAAAUUUCAUUUAAACAGAGAGGAUAUUAUGUUGUUACAUUAAAAUAUUCUAUUGCUGUUUCAUUCUCUGUUGAAAAGCCUGGGUGGCAAAAAGGUUUUGUUUGACUCAGAGUAUUCUUCAUUUUAAAAAAAACUAUUUUAAGGAAAUCUUUUGAAAAUUACUGAUCUAGUGAGCUUUUGAUAAGCAAGAAGUACAUGUAUGUGAGAGAUUUUCAUUUAAAGGAUAGGAUCUUAAACUUUUUUCAGCCAUUGCAAAUCCUUAAAUUAGUUCUCCCUCCAAGGAACAAGGAUUAUUUUGUUUAUCUCCUCAAGCUGAUGAUAAGUUGUUGUUGUAGGACGUGAAGAACCUUGUGAAGUCAAUCUAUGAUGUCCUUGGCAAAAGCAUUUCUCAUCCCAAAGGAACACAAAAAGAUCCUGUUAAAAAACUCUGUGUGAAAUUGUCACUCUCAAAGGAAAGAGGCAGAGAUCUUAAUAGUAGGACAAGGCAUGAAUGUGUCCUGACUGGUAGUGGCUUUGAGGAACAUCCCAGAAGGAGUAAAGGGAGAAAGUACCUUUCAAUACAAAGAGAGGGGUCUUUGACUGUGAACCCUCCAUCUACAGACUGCCUUGGUCAAUUCAGACCUAAGAGCAGCCUGUGUGAGCCAAUACAGUCAGAGCAACAUGCCAGCAGCAGUGGGCAUCCUCGCAGAUCAUCAUCAUGCAGGAGGUGUGAGCACAGGCAACCUGUUGACAAGGAUUGUGUGAGAAAUGACCCCCGAAGGAGUGCCAACCCUGUUGACUCAAAGGGAAUGUAUCAUUUCCCUAAGAGAAUGCAAACUGGGCCUGGAGAAUGUAACCCACCAGUAUCCAAUAGCGAGGAAAUGACCAGAGUUAAGGAUUGGAUCAAUCAGUGGUGUCACAUGUAUGACAAGGGGGAGGAAGAACCCCGUGAAGAACACCACAGGCACAAACAUAAGCUGCACCAUCGACAUCGUGUCUGCCAAACCAACAGCUGUGAUAUGGGCUGUGGCCUUCGUCGCUGCCCUCAGUACCUUGAUCUUGCAACAGAUCACCUAACCUACCCUUACCACACAGAAAGUCAGUCAUUCCCUUUUGCAAAUGGAUCGCCCUCACCACAGCACAGUCACAGACACAGUGAAUAUCAUCACUGUAAGCGCAACUUAACUAGAGACAGUGACUUAUGUCAUCAGGAUGGACAACCAGUCAUUCAUCGCCAUGAGCACCACCACCAUCACAGUCACCAUCAUUAUCAUCACUAUGUCAGCUAAAUAACUUUGUUAUUUAAAUUCUACCUUUGACUAAAAUCAUUUUCACACAAUUUAUGGUUUUUAGGUAAGAUUACAUGUGGUGAAAAGUUAUAACAUUUAUAGGGAACAAGCCUUGCUUGAUGAGUAGGACCUUGUAAAGAGGCACACUUUGUGAUGAACAAUAAGAACUCAAGCAAGGGGUUACUCUCAAUUACUGCUAAAUAUUACUUUAUGCAAAGAAGCAAGAAUCUUUAUGUUUUAAGACUUUUUUGUAUAGCCCGUUAAAUCAAGUUGAAUUAUGUAUUUUCUACCUGUCUUGAAACUGCAUGCAUGAAGGGCAAACAGUAUUGCAACUUGUCUUUGCAAGAAUGGGAUUGUUAUAUAUUUCACUUUUAUAAUAUUAUCAUACAAUUUAAUGUACAUGAUAUUUGUAAGAAUCAUCAGAUUAUCCCAGACUGAAAGCAAUAUUUAACCAUUGUUGUACUCCAUUUAAAAACACCAUGCGUAGGUAAGGAAUUUUAGACUGCCAUGAAAUGUGAUUAAAGAUAAGUAAAAAAAUUUAUUCAUUCAUGAAAAGUACUUUUGUAAUUCUUUUACAUGUAAAACAAAACAAAAUGAACAUUGUGAUUUUAAAUGCUUUUUUGAUCAACAAAACAAAUGAGCUCUCUAUUUUUUAUUAGGAUUAUUCACAGGUUGUAGGAACAAUUGGCAGUGUAAACAGGAAUUUGUCUUUUUUUCAACUUUAUUAUUGACUUUUUCUAAGCUAGUUAGUUGUGAAGUAUGAGUAUAUGCUUUAUUGCUGUUUUAUCCUCACUCUACAUUUAUUGCCCCUUUUUUAGAGUAUAGUAGCCUUGGGAAUCAUAUGAGGUAGACAAAAACUAAAAUAGAAUUUAGCUCAUGGAUAAAAUUAAGCCACAACAGGUAUUCCAGGCAGUUGAGGAAUGGUUCAGAAAUUUUUUUUUUAAAAUCUAAAACCCUAGUUAUUUGAAUCAAAGGAAAUUUAAAAUAUAUCUUAUUCACAUUGUAUAAAAUCAUUUAAGAAGUAUUUAACAAUUCCAGUGUAUAUUCAACAUUUACUGUAAUAAUAAUAUUAUAUAUUUCCCAAUGCAUCAGGCGAAUCUGUCUGCUUUUAUAUUCGUAUCAUGAAUCUAGAUAUAUGUACAUUUUAUUCUGAAACUGAAGGAGACAGUUUUUUGGUCUUGACGCAAACCUGUUGACACAAACGGGGACAUUCAGUCUAGUUGAUACAGACAUAAAAGAAUAAUGUGAUUUGAAAGAAGGUCUAUUAACCGCAAUCUUUGAAGGGACUCGCUCCAUUUGGUGAGGUCAUAUUUGUAUUGAUGACUUCCUCUAUCAGGCCAACCUUAAGGGAUUGCUCUUAUUAUAGAAAACGAUAAACAACUCCUCUUUAUGCCACAAUUGACCUCCUAAUGUAUAAAUCUCGCUCAAAAAUACUUCUUUAAUUUUGGGAGAAAACCAUGGAUUAAAAAUUACUUGAAAGAUUAUUCUUAGUUUUAUUUGAGUGGUUCGGCUUUUAGUGACAGUUCAAACAAAUUCGGG